AUUGUGUUUGACCCGCACAGGCCUGUUUUAUUCCUUCGUCUGCGUUCAAGCGAAAGGGUAUUGGAUUGUUCUCUUCUGCUCACCAGGCAAAUGUGACUAUGGCAUCACGGGCCACAUCUUUCGAGCAGGUUCACUCCACUCGUUCUCGCACCAGAGACCGGAAGACUGAGACGUCAAACUUCGAAGUCAACACACACACUACUGGAGGAACUUCGGAGGUGGGCGCACUUUCGUCGACAAAUCCGCAAGAAGACCUAUCGGAAGCCCGCAACUCGGGAAUUCUGAAAGACCUGUCAUCCCAUCUACUGGAACGUCCUCAAACCAGUAGCACUGGUGCUGGUUCUGGGAACCGCGAGUGUAACUACACCCCUAUCUUCCUCACAGUAGUCGUCUUCCUCUUAAUCAUCAGUUCAAUAUACCUGGCUUAUAAGAACCGUAGCCAUGAAGAGCCCACACUCUGUAAGACGACUGCGUGCUACUUGUACAGAGACAUGCUCCAAGACUCAAUGAAUUUUGAGGUUAAUCCUUGCAACAAUUUCUAUGAGUACGUCUGCAGCAGGUGGGACAAGUACCAUAACGUCCCGACGUAUAGGCAACACUUAAACCAGUUCUUCAGGGCUCUUUUUAAAACGCUCGAAGUGAAAGUAGCUUCUCAGCAUCAAAAUGCUGUAGAUAAAGCAAUUAGCUUCUUUCAGUCGUGUAGAAAAGCUGCAUUUGCACGGGGUCGCAAGAGUGGAGAGUAUGAGACACUAAAGAAAAUCUGGGUCAAAUGCGAGAUCCUGUGGCCAAGAGCGAACCAGCGCCCCAAUAUUUUGAAGACACUCAUUUGCAUAUUCGAGAGCUUCUACCUGAGCAACGUUUUCGGCAUCGAGAAACGGCACGACACGUCGCUACCGUAUGUGUAUCCAGGUAGCGAGAUCGCAGCUUUCGACCACUACACUCAGGCGAUCAAGAAGGUGAAAAGAUACCAAGAAUAUUACGAGAAAUUGACAGAUGUGAUGAGAACACCUGGCACAAAAACAGCCGAGAUUCAAACAUACGAAGACUUUCUCCACGUGGAAGAUGUUGUCCAUCGCCACCUCUUGAAAGACGAGUUUUAUGAGGUUAAAUAUGCACGCAUAAAUUCCAGUGAACUCACUGAAUUGGUGCCUAACGUACCUCAGGCAGAGUGGGAAGAAGCGUUCAGAUCUGAAUACCAACUUGAAAAACCCCUCGUGGACGUUCUCAACACAGAAUACAUGAGGGCAUUUAACGAUGUACUCAGUCAAAUUGGCGCUGUUGAACUUCAUCGUUAUAUUGGUUGGAUAAAUGUUCAGCAGUUGGCCCCGUAUAUAAAUCGGGAAACUCUUUCGAUUUUCCUGGGAAAACGAGACCUGACUGUGGCUGACUUACAGCUGUGUUUGUCCCGCACUGAAUCUUUCAUGGGCUGGGCAAUCUUCGCGCGAUACGCAAUUGAUUAUAUGGAUAACAGCACCCGUGAAGACAUGCAUCACAUCAUUGGUGCCAUCGCAAGUAUUCUGUCUAAGAAAGUGUCUGCGACUUCCUGGCAGCUAGACCGUGCCCCAGAUGCUGAUCAAAAUGUUCAGCGAAGCUUGAAUGGGCUCCUGCUUUACGCUGACAGGUUCGCUCAGCCGGAAGACAUGGAUGUGAUACUUUCCAAAAUAAGCGACAUGGGUGGCCACGUGUUGCUGAACUGGAUGAAGGCAUCUAAGGGAUUCACCCAAAUAGACCCUUAUCUUUUCUUUUCAAUCAUUACUUUUUUUCAGCGACAGAUGGAAAUAGGAUAUUACAGUUUCUGGAAUAGCAUCCAGACGGCGUUCUUCAUGCCGCCUUACGUAGCGAUGCUACCGGUCUACAACAGGGACAUCAACGACGCGGUCAAGUACGGCGCUCUAGGAACUUUGAUAGCAGACGCUGCAACGGAGCUCCUGUACCGCAAUUAUCCGUCCAUACGACUCAAAGAAUGGCCGUGUUUAAGUGGCUCUUUAGACGGCGGUGUGUAUGACAGAGAUGUCGUCACUUCUGCACUGUCCUUGCACAUUGCCGUGGAAGCAUUCCAAACUGCCCCUUCAUCCAAACGUCGUCUGCUACCAGAAUUACCGGACACUCAACUCUUCUUCGUGGCUGCCUGUUUUCUAAUGUGUGGAGGUAGCGAUGCGAAACGGUUUGUACGCAAGUGCAAUGAACCACUGAAGCACAGCUUGGCGUUCUCGACAGCGUUUCUGUGUCCCGAACAUUCCCCAAUGAACGCUAAAGAGAAAUGUGCCUUCUUUUAAUACAUGAAUUAGUAAACCGCGGACUGGUGCUACGCGGAUAAUUUU